UACUUUUUAUGCCUGUUUGCAUGAGACAGCAAAGGGGUUUAGAGAUUAAAAUUUAAAUUGACACAAAAAUUUAUUACGUUUUUCGCUUUGUUGGUGAAGAUCAAUAAAAUAUAGUUGGCAAAACGAUAAACAGUGCGAAUCGAGAAUAACGGAAAAAGGUCCGAAAAGAAGAGCCAAAGGCAAGACUUACUUGCAGUAAUAAAAAGCGGAUCAGUGAAGUAGAAGAGCCAUAGAAAGGAGCGGCGAAAAUGCAAUCAUAAAAAAGUCGGGAAUUGAAAAGAGAUAUAGCCGCUAUGAUGCUGUGAUAAUAAAAAUUAAAAUAAGUUUUUUAUGUUGUGUUUUAACUGUUUUCUGUAUAAUUGAAUAUUGGGGAAAUUCUGCAUUUUAAGAAAUUAAGUUACUUAUAUCUUAAAUCGAUUAAUAUAAAAAGUACCUGUGUGUGUACUGUGCGUGUACUGUGCGUGUAAAGUCUCGUUUUUUAAUAUUUUUUAAAUUCCUCAAGCAGUGCAUUGCGCGCAAGUAUGCUGCUGAUUAUUGUGGUAGCGCACUUAUUGUUCGUUGUCAUUGGCGAUAUUUUUGCGCCAAUUUUGAAUUAUUUUGUUUACAACAGGAAGUUCCUGUUGGUGGCAGGUGUAUUGGCAUUACUGCGCAUGAGUGCAGUCGGUAAUGUGGAGCUGAGAGAUGGUGAUCAGGGUGGCAUAACCUUGGGCAAUACGUCCUUGAUAAUGCCACACGAAUGCACGAGCAUUGACGUACGAAACGACUGUGAUAGUUUAUUGCAACUGGAGGGUUGCGUAGUCAUUAAGGGCUUCCUUAUUAUUGCCUUACUACCUAAAAUGAAUGGUUCUUCCUAUGAGACUUGCAACUACACUCAAUAUCGUUUCACACAAUUGCGUGAAAUUUCGGAUUUCUUAAUAUUUUUUGAUGUGAAGGGGUUGACUUCGAUCCGAGAUAUGUUUCCUAAUCUGACUGUGAUACGUGGGCGACGGCUGUUUCUAAAUUACGCUUUGGGUAUUUCAAAAAUGCCAGAUUUAGAGAUGAUUGAAUUCAAGUCUUUAGUUGCCAUUCAACGCGGAAAUGUAUUUAUUGGAUCCAGUCCAAAACUUUGCCAAUUAGAAAGGAUAAACUGGGAUCGCUUAACAGUGUCGCCAGGAGAAAAUCAUAUAUUUCCAAUAAGACAAGAAAAGUGUCCAAGAAAAUCUGAAUGUGCAGGCUGUGACUCCCAAUAUUGUUGGUCCGAUUUCGUAUGCCAAAAAUUCGAAAAUGACAAUGUUAUUUAUUUACGGCAUGGCACUCGUCAUUGCCACGAGCAGUGUUUGGGUGGUUGCUCUAGUACCACAAACGAAGGGUGCGCUGUUUGUAAGGGAUUUCUUGAUCAUAACUCCUGUGUAUCACAAUGCCCGUCAGAUUUAAUCGCUCUAGAGCACUACCAAAGAUGUUAUACCAAAGCUGAAUGUACAAAAUUUUCUAUGGCAAAAUGUCCCGACGGCUUCUAUUAUAAUAAAACACAUAUUAAUUGUGAACCUUGUGGAGCUGAAACUGAAACUGAGUUCUGUAUUAAAAAUUGUACGCUGGGCGGUGAUAGUGAGGUAUUUGAAAUAUUUCAUUUAUCUGAUGUUGACACUCUUAAGGGUUGCGAAACAGUGUCUGGAAGUAUUAUAAUUAAUCUGAAAAACAGUGUUAAUGAACUUGACCUAGAAAGUGGUUUUGCGGGAAUAACUGAAAUAGGUGGAUUUUUAAAAGUACAUAGAUCUUUUCAUCUAACUUCCUUAAAAUUUUUAAAAAAUUUGAAAAAAAUUAAGGGAAAAAUCUUGGAUACCGGUGACUAUGCACUCGUUAUUUAUGACAACAAAAAUUUAAAAGAACUUUGGAAUUCGACAAAUCUAAGUCUGGAAAAUGGUAGCAUCUAUAUUCAAUCCAAUAAUAAACUAUGUAAUCAAGUCAUCCAAACAUUCACUGAGAAAAUAACACAUGAUCAUCAUUUGGAUUCAAUACAAAAUAGUGACCAAAAGGUUUUAUGCGGAUUUAAAAAAUUGAUGCUAUAUGUAAAUGUAACUUCACAUCAAUCAAUAGAGUUUGAAUGGCUCAUAACCCAAACUUCUAAUGAAACUGAAAUAUUAUACAAAUAUGUACCACAUGGAGAACGCUUUGAUGAAGAAAGUGAGUUCGAUAGCAACAUCUGCGACAGAAUAAAUUGGCAAAAAUAUCGUCUACUGAACAACGAAUUAGACAACAAUGGGACACAUUAUCGUUAUGUUGUUACGAACUUAAAACAAAACACUAAUUAUGCCUGCUUAAUAAAAACCUUCGGAGGAACACAAAACACUGAAGCACGAAGUGAUUUGAAAUUCAUUACAACUAAUAUUUUCAUACCAACUACUCCAAAAAUUAUUACGCAAAAUAAAACUGACACUUCUCUAACAAUAAAACUCAUUCCACAAAAUAGUUCACUUGAGGUUGUCCGCUUUUAUGAAUUAGAACUAUACGAAUUUCUAGAUGAUACAACUAUGUUAGAUAAACGUAACUUCUGUAACCAACCAACUUAUCUUUAUAAAGAUAUGCCGAUUGAGGCAUAUACUUUAGCCAGCGUUCAUACAGAAGACUUUGACGAUUGCUGUCUGCGGUCCCAAGAAAAAAUAGAAGACCAACAUUUUAUUUCGAGUAUACACAAAAUGUAUGACUAUGAAUAUUGUGAAUAUGAUUGUUUGCCAGAAUCUUCGAACUAUUCAUCAGAUAUACCGUUACGAAAACAAAAUUUGACACAUGACAAUCAAACGUAUACCUUUAAUAACUUGGAACGAUUUCGAUUGUAUAGUCUGCAGGUGAAGGCCUGCAACGAAAUUGGCUGCAGUACAUUUGGCAUACAUGCAGAUCGCACAAAUUAUUCAGUAACAGGUGAUAUGUUAGAGGACCUUAAGGCUUGUCGUAUUCUCGGCACCACAACAUACGUUGUAAAUUUUGAAGAACCGAAGAAUCCAAACGGAAGAGUAGUUGCCUACAUCAUACACUAUCGUAUUUAUAAAUCCGGCUUAAAGAACUAUUUAAGUCACAUAAACUGUAUAUCACGUUUACAGCAUGUGCAAUCCAAUUAUCAAAAUGUGGCGUAUUUGAAUGAAACAUUUACCGAGGUUGCUGUGCGUGUACUUUCGCUUGGAACUGAUGUUUUAACAAGUUGGUACAAUAUAACGGACUGCUCUCAAGAUAUGAGUGAUCACUUUAUGAAACUUGCCGGAAUUCAUGUUACCGAAACACACCAAUCGCACGGUAUUAACAUUUUUUUACUCUUCUUUUUUAUUGGCGCUAGCGGUACAGUAAUAUGGAUCUGUUAUAAACGUCGAAUUUGGCAAAAAUUCCCCAAUAUUCGACGUUAUUUCCUAACACAAAGGAAUAUGCGUAUAUUUCCACUUAGUUCUGAUGAUCCUGUUGAAGACCGUCAAAUACUAGUUGAUGGCUUUGAAACUGUGAGAUUUCGAAACAACCCUGACGAUGAUCAAAAAUAUAUAGAAUAGUUUUGUUAUAAUUUUUUUAUCGACUUUUAUUAACGAUUCCCUAACAUGGAUGAUUAAAUACUUUUUAUAUUGUAAAUGUCACAAAAAAUCUUAUAAUGUCCACAAAAAUAUUGUAAAGUGCAGAGGUAACUUCUGUAGUAUAUU